UUCUUUCACAUAUUCUCUCUAUAUAAAGCCUUCUUUUCUUACUUCUUCUCUGUGUUUAUCAUGCUUCCAUUAAGCACCAAGGAAGGUGGGAAGAGGAAGACCACGGUAGUGGGACCAUGGGGAGGAAAUGGUGGAAUUCCUUGGGACGAUGGCAUCUACAAUGGCGUGAGAGAAAUCACGGUUGUUUACGGCCACUGCAUCGACUCCAUCACCCUGGUGUAUGAUAAAAACGGCAAGCCUGUCAAAGCCAAUACACAUGGAGGCCGCGGAGGCACUCAGACCGCGGAGGUCUGCCUCGCAGCUCGUAGUUUUCAUUUUAUUUGGACAAGUAUUGUGAUGAAGAUUUGAACUCAAGACAUGCCUUGCAGAUAAAGUUGGAGUAUCCGGAUGAGUACCUAGUCAGUGUGACUGGGAACUACUGUCUGUUGGCUUACGGCGGCACAGCUAUCAUCCGUUCGCUUAAAUUUCAGAGCAAUCGAAGAACAUUCGGACCUUUUGGGAUAGAGGAAGGCACAACGUUUACUUACAAUGUUGAAGGAGGAAAAAUUGUUGGGUUGAAGGGAAGAAAUGGUUGGUACAUAGAUGCCAUUGGGUUUCAUGUAUCCCCUGCCCCUACAAAACUCUUUCGGAGAGUUCAGAAGAGUUUCAGAAGGCUCGGGAGCUCGGGCACCAGAGAAACUGAAACGACUGCUCCCAAGACUAAAGGAUUUUGAAUAUCUAACUAUAAGCUAGUCUUUCUGCUUUUGAUUGAUUGUUUUCAUGUAUACUUAAGCUAUCCAGAUAAUUCAGUUGCCUUUCA